AUGUUGCUCACGUCGUUCAUUUUCUUUGCUUGCCUGGCGUGGUCUCUGGCCGCUCCACAGCACAAGCGUCAGGCAAGCGGUCCAGUCAUUGGUACAAACUUUCAGGAUCCCUCGGUGGUGCAGUUGGACGACGGGAGCUACAUUGCCUAUGCCGGGGUCAAUGGAAAUCCUGCCGGGAUCAACGUCUUGAUCGCUACUUCUCCAGACUUCUCGAGCUGGACCGUUCAUUCAGGCUACGAUGCCUUGCCAAAUCUGCCCUCGUGGGCAGCCUCGCCUCCGCAUGUAUGGGCUCCAGACGUAACCCAACUGGACAAUGGCAACUAUGUGCUAUACUAUUCGGUCACCAUGGCAGAAUCUCCGGCCAAGCACUGCGUAGCAGCAGCAACAGCCCCCAAUCCAGAAGGACCAUUCACACCGGUCCAGACGCCCAUGUUCUGUGAUCUGUCAGCCGGCGGGGCCAUUGAUGCAGACGGUUUCAACGACCCUGCCACUCACCGCCAGUAUGUCAUCUACAAGGUGGAUGGCAACUCGAUUGGCAACGGUGGCGCAUGUUCAAAUUCUGUCAACCCUAUCGCACCCACCCCCUUGAAUCUCCAAGAGGUCAGCCCAGACGACGGGUAUACGUUCAUUGGUGGCACCGUCACUGUUUUGUUGAACGACCCCAAUGAUGGGCCUAAUAUCGAAGCGCCUUCGUUGACCUACGAUCCAUCUUCUGGGCUGUACAUUCUCCUGUACAGCUCCAAAUGCUUCACGACUGCCCCGUACAACAUCAGAUACGCGACCAGCACCAGUAUCUAUGGCCCUUACACAAAGCAGGGAAAUCCCUUCCUGUCCACCGGUGGCACCCCCGCGAACGUCUACAUUCCCGGGGGCAUUGACAUCACCAAGGAUGGUAAACUCGCCGUCUUCCACGGUGAUGUGAACAUGGGGUGGUUCGCAGGCGACGGAACCCCACGCGUGCGAGCGAUGUACGCCGUCGAGCUUUCCAUCGGAAACGGUCUGGUCAGUCCGGGUACGCUGUACUGA